AAAGGAAAGAAAAAAGAAACACUCCACGCGGCGGCGGAGGAGAAGAAGAGGAUGCCGCGGCGGCCGGGGAGGAGGAGCAGGUCCCAGCCCCGGUGGUCUCUCUCCGAGCCGCCUCCGGGACUCUUCCCCGCAGGCGGCGAGGACCUCCUCCGCUUUCUCGCCGUGCUCGCCAUCGCGGCCGGAGUGGCCGCAGCCUGCAGCCUCUUCAACCACCGCCCCAACCCCAACCCCAACCCCUUGUGCGACUCCGACUCUCCUUACGCCGCCUACGAUUCCUGUGAACCCUGCCCUGAGAACGGGCGGUGCGUGGACGGCAAGAUGAUGGAGUGUGUGCAGGGAUUCAAGAAAUAUGGCAACACAUGCGUAGAGGAUGGUCGGCUCACCCGAACUGCUAACAAUAUCGCAGAGCUGCUGCAUCGCAGGGUUUGCGACGACCAUGCCCGCGCUUUAUGCGGCCACACCGGCAAAAUCUCGUUCAAACAACUUGAUAUCUCAAACAUGGCCGAUGAGUUACUGUCCAACCACCCUGCCCGCCUAACCGCCGCUGGAAUCCAAGUCGUCAAAGAUAGGGCGCUGCAGAGUGUGCGUGGCUUCCUUGAGACGACGUCAACUGAUAAUGAAGCCCAAGCUUUUAAAUGCCCAGACCUGGUCGCACAACUUCAUAGGCCCCUACAUUGUCAAGUUCGCCAGUGGAUCGCCGGAAAUGUCGUCUUUGUUGUCACCUUCGCUAUCCUCUUUGCAGCGCUGCUCACGAUUCUAUGGAGCGUUUACAAGAGACGGGCACUGUCAAAGAGAGCCGAGCAGAUAUACGAGCAGGUGUGUGAAAUCCUUGAAGAGGCUGCCAUAAAUGCUAAGAUUGGCAUCUCCGAAUGCGAGCCUUGGGUGGUCACCUCUUGGUUGCGUGAUCAUCUACUGGUUACCCGAGAGAGACGGAAUGCUUUGCUGUGGAAGAAGGUGGAAGAAUUGAUACUUGAAGACUCUCGCAUAGAUCAGUAUCCAAAAGUUAUCAAGGGAGAGUCGAAAGUUGUUCUUGAGUGGCAAGCUAGCGGGUCACUGAGUGGGAAGAUAAAGAAGAUGCAAGGCGCACCGCAGGGCAAGACAAUGAGCAGCAGUGUUGGUGUCAUCAGACUUGCUGAAGAAAUCUGCGGUAGCAGCAGCAAAGACAAGGAGGAGGAGCGUUCAGCACGCAAAGAAGGAACCAAUGCUUUCAUCAUGUAAUGAAUAAAUCAAUCAAUCAAUCAAUCAAUCAAUCUUUGGUGUUGUGUAGUAGUAUAUCAUAUGAUUACAGAGGGAAAUCUGUUAGGAUUGACGUUAGUAAUCUGUAUGCAUGUGUUGUUUA